CCUGGCCGGCGCCGCAGAAGAAGCUUUCGGGCCUCUCUUCCAGCGUCCGCGCCUCCUCCUUCCUCCGCUCAGCUCUGCGCUCGGGUGACCUGGACUGGGAAUCCAUCAGCCUGAUUUCUCAUCGAGGCAGAUUCACGGGUGCACUUGCUAUCAACAAUGUCAGAUCCUGGCAAGGGUAGCAAUAUGCAGCAGCUAGUCCCAAUGGCACCGCCAGCAAGGGUUUCUGGUGGUGACAGCGGGAAGGAACUGAUGGCAAAGGCUUCUGGUGGGGGCAGUGGGAAGGAGCUGGUGCUGGCCGAGGGUGGAGGAAAGAGCUCGGGAGGGGUCAAGCUACGGGAGGACGAGGAGGACCUGGAGGUCAAGCUGAGGCGCAUCAUGGAGCAUGUCCCUGUCCGUGUCAGCAACACCUCUGGCUCCUCCGCUGGCUCUGGCUCUGGUGAUUUCCACCAGUACCGGCAAAUGAGGAGAAGGGAGCAGGACCGAAUAACAAGGAUGGAGAGUGAUUACGAAAAGAGGAAACAGGUGGCUGAGUUCAACCUGCGGCGGGAAGAAAGGCUAAAAGCAGCCGAGGAGCGAACAUCCAAGAAGCGAUUGAAACGCCAAAAGAAGAAGGAGCGUAAGAAAGAAAAGAAGACUAAAACUAGCAGUGGUGGCGAAGAACCUAACAGAGAAAUACCUAACCGAGUGGAGUCCUCAGAUGACGAUGAGGGUUCAGAUUACGAGGGUGACGACAAGUUUAAGCAGUGCACAUGAAGUUCCUGGGUUUUAAUUUCACUUGUAGCGAUUCUUGAUGAUAUGGAAGACUAUCAGUCACUCCCUGGUUUGGCAGUGUGCAUGAACUGACGUUGAGAGCUGCCUCCGUAGUAAUAGACUCAGAAAUAUACUAGGUUGGGCCCUCUAUUAUUUUGGUUGGGAACAUUUGUCUGCUGCAAGAUGACAAGCCAGUGGGCAAUGCUACUGGACAGUAGAUGGUGCAUUAGCCUGUUGGCAUGAAUUAUGUAACCUUUUCCUGAUGACAUGGCCAUACAUUGAACUUGUUGGUGUUUCUUCU